AUGGCAGCCAACGACUCCUCAGUGUACAAGAUCAAUGAAAAGGUCAUUUUAGUUCAGGUUGUGGUCGCACUCUUUCUCUGCAUCAACAUUGUGCUGAUCACAACCUUUUUUAGGAAGGAUUUCUUCUACACAACCAUGCGCUACAUCCUAUUUGCGGUUACACUGAUGUCUGACUGUCUGUUUUUGCUCGUGACUGAUAUCGUGCUCAUUUUGAGCUACUUUCGCUUCACCAUACAAAUAUGGCUGUGCCUUUUCAUAUAUGUAGUUUUGUCUGUGUACACUUUUGUCACACCAGUUGCUCUGACAGCGAUGGUGCUGGAGCGCAAUGUGGCCAUCUGCAUGCCCCUGCGCCACGGGGAGCUGUGCUCCACACGCAGCGCUCGGCACUGCAUCCUCAUCAUCCACAGCAUCAGCUCUUUGCCCUGCAUCGCUGUUCUCUCCAUGUUCUUCGCAUCUGCGACUUACAGCUUCUACCCCCAGGGCAGAGUGUGCUCUGUGGAGAUCUUCGUCUUUCACGCGUGGCAGGGUCAUCUGAGGUCAGCCAUAAAUCAAUUGUUCUUCUUGAUGAUGUGCAUCACCAUUGUGUUCUCGUAUGUCAAGAUAAUGAAAGUGGCCAAAGCUGCGUCAGGGCAGGAUCGAAAGUCAACAGGGAGAGGGCUCAGAACAGUGGCGCUCCAUGCUUUCCAGCUGCUCCUCUGUUGCAUCCAGCUGUGGUGUCCUUUCAUAGAAAAUGCUUUACUUCGGAUUAAUUUCAAGUUAUAUGUUGAGAUCAGGUUCUUUGAUUACAUUAUGUUCUAUCUUGCUCCAAGAUGUCUGAGUCCUCUAAUUUAUGGCCUGAGGGAUGACAUGUUUUUUCUUGCACUGAAAAGCUCUGCUCUCUGUGGUUUGUACAAGAAAAGAUGA